CUAGCUUUGUCACCUCCCCACUCCCCCUCUCCCUCUUCUAUAUAAAGAACGAUGGUCUCGCUUUGAGACUCCCCACGAUAGAGAGAAAGAGCUGAGAGGAGAACGGGAAUGGAAGGGGAGAAAGGGAAGGAGGUUGAGGUGACGGCGGUGGUGGAAGAGAAGAGAUCGAGGUUUAGAAAGAUCUGCGUCUUCUGCGGGAACCAACCAGGGCGGAAGGCCAUUUACCAGGAGGCCGCCAUCGAGCUCGGAAGGCAGCUGGUGGAGAGUGGCAUUGAUUUGGUGUAUGGGGGAGGCAGCAUAGGAUUAAUGGGCAUCGUUUGCCAAGCAGUGCAUGAAGGAGGCCGCCAUGUCUUGGGGGUCAUUACCAAGUCCUCCAUGGCAGGAGAGUACAUAACCGGUCAAACUGUCGGAGAAGUUCAAAUUGUUUCCGACAUGCAUGAAAGGAAAGCUGAGACAGCUCGCCGAGCUGAUGCCUUCAUUGCAUUGCCUGGUGGGUAUGGAACGCUUGAAGAACUUCUUGAGGUCGUUACAUGGGCUCAGCUGGGAAUCCACAAGAAACCGGUUGGGCUCUUAAACAUCGAUGGUUUUUACGAUUCACUCUUGUUCUUCGUCGAUAUGGCUGUCGACGAAGGGUUCAUCACUCGAGCUGCUCGCAACAUCAUCAUAUCUGCACCAUCAGCCAAGGAACUCAUCAGAAAGUUUGAGGAAUAUGUUUCAGAGUAUGAAACAAAUUUGGUGUGGGAUACCGAGAAGGAGCCUCUUGAAGUCAGUCAUCUCUGAACCAGAAACAGACAUGGCUUGAUGACAUCUCAGAUUUUUUUUUGACCUCAUCCUGCUUUUGAAACUAACAAUAAAAUAUGAUUGUUGGUUGGAGAGCAAAUGAUCCAUUACGUUCUGCACCUAUUUUGUACAUUUGUUUUGGAUAAACUAUAUAUAUAUAUAUAUAUAUAUAUAUAUAGAGAGAGAGAGAGAGAGAGAGAGAGAGAGAGAGAGAUGCAUUAGAUCCGAUGAAGUAUCGUACUCAUAAAUCUAAGAUAAACUUAAAUGGAAAAUGUUUUACUGUCGUGGAGUGUUGGGAUUUGUUCUUUGUAACAGUCGAUAGUUAUUUG